GGCCGCCGACGUUCAGUUUCCCUGCCGCUGCUGCCAGUGUGUCGGUGCGUCCGCGGCACACGCGCUCCUGUCGCCAUGGCAACCGACGGCGACGCAGAAGCCGGCGUCGAGCUGUGCCCACUGCGCCUCAACCUCGAGUUCCGCGAUCUCAGUUACGUCGUGCCCGGCGCCAAAGGUGCUGCUCCAAAACAAGUGCUGAGGCAGGUGUCUGGCCGCUUCCUGUCAGGCAGGUUGGCUGCCGUGCUGGGUGCAUCUGGCGCAGGGAAAACCUCACUCCUCAAUGUACUGUCUGGGUUCAGGACCACAGGCGUGACAGGCAGGGUGACCGUGAAUGGUCAGAUGAGGCCAUGGAGCGAUUUCCGUCGCAUCAGCUGCUACAUCACGCAGGAGUUUACCAUGCUGGAUAACCUGACUGUGCACGAGAGUCUCGAGUUGGCAGCAAGACUCAAACUUGGGCCAGGCUGUGACCGCAAUCUUGUAGUGAACUACAUUUUAAGACUGAUGAAUCUGCAAGACAGCUUGAAUACUAGAGUGAAGAAUUUAUCAGGAGGAGAAAAGAAGAGAUUAUCAAUUGGUGUUGAAUUAGUUACUAAUCCUCCAAUCAUGUUCUUUGAUGAACCAACAAGUGGGCUUGACAGCAUAUCAUCUGUACAAAUGAUAUCUCAUUUAAAAUCUCUGGCAGGAGGUGGCCGAACUGUGAUAUGUGUUGUGCAUCAGCCGAGUUCUAGGUUAUUUCAAAUGUUUGAUGACUUGCUCGUCAUGUCAGAUGGUCAGUGUAUUUAUAAUGGCUUCAUCAGUAAUAUGAUUGAAACUUUUGAAGCUGCUGGAUUUCACUACCCCAUGUAUUAUAACCCAGCUGACUUUGCACUUGAGGUUGCUUGCAAAGAGCGAGGACAAACAAUAGAAAAUUUGGUCAAUUUCUAUGUGCAGAAAAAUUUUUCAAAUGAAGCCCAUGAGGAAAAGGAUGUUAUGGAAUUACAUGAUCCAAAGGAGGAGACUGUUAAUGAAGAAACUCGGAUGAUAAGCAAUGGAGAAGCAAAUCAUGAUCCUGCUGCACAAAAUAGGGCAGCUGUAAGGAAAUGGUACUGCUCUUCUCCCUAUCCUAUUAGCAGAUGGAGACAAUUUGCUAUUCUGUUGCAAAGGUCAAUGCGGUGUACAUUCCGCGAUACGCACUUGGCCUAUAUAAGAUUUGUAACACAUGUUGUUGUUGGAUUAUUACUUGGUACACUAUACUAUGGGAUUGGAAAUGAUGCUGCAAAAGUGGAAAGUAAUGUGGCAUGUCUGUUCUUCUUCAUCAUGUUCCUGUUCUUCUCAAAUGCUGUUCCAACUGUUCAUGCAUUUCCUUUAGAAGCAUCUGUGUUUCUACGAGAGCACCUGAACAACUGGUACUGCCUCACAUCUUACUACUUUGCAAAACUGCUUUCAGAUAUUCCAUUACAGGUACUGUGUCCUGCUUGUUUUGUACUGAUAGCAUACUUCAUGACAGGACAACCAUAUGACCACCAGAGAAUCUAUAUGUUCCUUUUGGUUUGCAUGUUGAUGACAAUGAUUGCUCAAACUCUUGGACUAGUUGCAGGUGCAAUUUGCAAUAUACAGCUUGGAACAUUUAUACUGGCUGCAGUAACAAUUCCAAUGUUCCUUUUCUCUGGUUUCUUUAUGAGGCUGGAUGAUAUACCGUCAUAUUUUGUGCCUCUGACUUAUUUAAGUCUCUUCAGAUAUGGAUUUGAGGCAAUUGUGUUGUGCAUUUAUGGAUUUGGACGGAAGAAUCUUGUGUGUUCAGAAAUAUACUGCUAUUACAAGGAUCCCUCCAAGUUUCUUGAAAACAUGGGGAUGGCCCAUAGUGAUUACUGGAUGGAUAUAUGUGGCCUUGUUACGUGGCUAGUGAUACUGCAACUGACACUGUUUGUGACCUUGAAUAUUAGGCUACAUAAAUCUAGAUGAAGAAUACUACUGUACUUUGUUUCUUCUUUUUGAAGAGAAUGAAUGCAAGAGGCAACCAUGAAUAAUUUUUGGGUGAAUGGGGAAUGCCAGAAGCAUCAGACGCUUUAUGUCACAUAAAGUGGACAAUGUGCACUGCUACUGGUGUUCUAGGUUGUUUGUAAGAACAGUUAUGUACAUAUUUGCUGCAAGGCUACUUGUAGCGGAAAAAAUUAAGAUCUGGAACAGACGGACAUUGUCUCUAAUAUUUAUUUUUGCAAAACAUGUUGUGUGACACUAGAUUUAAUGCACUUUUUUUAAAUGAUGACCUGAGUGUAAUAUAUUAUUUUGGGAUAAGCUAACAUGCUCGCUAUAUUAGGCAAAAUUGUAAACACAAGAAAUGAAUUCUCAUAAACUAUUCAUUUUUAAUUCUUUUUAUACUUACAAGAAUUUUGCUAUAUUAGCUCUAACGUAAUAUAGAAUGUUUGGAACUAACUUUUAUAGCUGUACUUCCUCUUAACUUGGGAAGAGACUGCUGGAAAGAUAUGACAAUUUUCUAUUGAAGAUAUUUUUCCAUUUUAACAUCUGUCUAAUCAGUGUACAGUAACUGUAUAUGGCUUUUCCUCAGUAUUUUUUACUAUUACUAUAAUUCAUGUGAUAAAAUAAGUCUUCUUCCUAAACUUUGUUUUCAGAAUGUACCUGAUUUGUGUAACAAAAAGCAUGAUAAAUUAAAUAUCUGUCCUCAUGAC